UAGGCAGUGCAGGUUGCAAACGCAUCGCGUGUGCCGAGUACGUGAUAUCUGUCGCUCCGUAGUCCAUGAAAUAAAAACGCGUUUGUAAGCGCCAGCCACCAUCUACGCAGCAAAAGACACAAGAAACACACACGAUGAACGAAAAUAACGACGUUUACUCACAGAACUACGACACCGGAUCAUCGUCAAUUGGACUACCAGGACUAAAGAACUUUUCAUCACCGUACCUGAACUAUGACCCCGUAUAUAUACCCGCAACCCAACCUGAAUAUAUUUUUUUGGAUGGCAACAGCAAGCAGAGAGGCAGAUUUGAACUGGCUUUUGGUCAAAUUGGUGCUUCCUGUAUGAUUGGUGCAGCCAUUGGUGGUGCAAAUGGAUUUUACAGUGGACUUAGAGCUACCACAUUGGCAGGCCAAACUGGUAAUUUAAGGAGGACACAAUUAUUAAAUCAUGUAAUGAAGAAGGGUAGCACAAAUUCCAACAUGUUAGGGUCUAUUGCUGUUAUAUAUUCAGCAUUUGGUGUUAUUCUAUCCUAUGCAAGAGGAGCUGAUGAUGAUCUGAACACAAUAGCAGCCGCAACAGCCACAGGAUGCUUAUACAAAUCCACAAGUGGUCUGCGGUCAUGUGGAUUGGGCGGCGCUGUCGGCUUAGGAAUAUCAUGUUUGUAUGCACUGUGGAAUAAUCGCGAUCGAUUUACCGAUGUCGGGCAUUAUAAUCCAGCAAAAUAACAAUUGGAACAAAGUACGCCGGCGGGCUUGCGAAGUACUGCAGCAUAGAUUUAGUCAUUAUAAUGCGCAUUAUGAGCAGGCGAAGACGAGCAAAUAAUUUGUGAUCGAAUUUAGUCAUUUCCGCAUUACAAUUAUUUGCUCAUCUUGUUUUAAUCUGAAGAGUGUGUAAUUGUAUUCAUAUGUACAUAGAAUGUACGUUUAGAAUGAUUACCUUACUGUGCUGUGAUUAUUUUUCAAAGGAAAUGAAUGAUUAGACAAAAAAUAGUUAAUAACCAGGGUUAUAUACAGAGUAUGAGUUGAUAGUGGAUGGUGUUAUUGGUAUUGCUAACCGUUAUCAAACAUAUGCAUAGUUACAGCUGAUGAAACUAUAUGAACAUAGUUGGAUUAAAUUACACUAAACUUACAAAUUCGUUUUCUUUCUUUAGGAGAUAACGAAUCGGAGGCUUAUUUUACUCACGUCUCAUCAAUAUUACAACAAAUGUAAAACAAGCAGACUUAUUACUUUCUACUAUUUAAAGUAAUGUAGAAGUAUUCGCAUUGUAGAAUAAAUCCAACGGCGACAAAAUGUAUCAUUUGUUUAUUAUAAAUUUAUUUGUUUACUACUUGAAUUUGUAUUUAUUUUUUAAUGUAACCUGGUUAUUUAUUUUUGUUUACAAUAAAAGUACAUACAAACUAAUAA